AACUAUUGGAACUGUCAACAUUCUUAUAAUUUUCUUUAUAAAUGUUGCUAUUAUGAAGACAUAACUAAUAAUCAUUUCUAGCACUUAUCUUUUAACUGUUAACUCCCAUAAAGCUAUCCACAUCCUCCCAUACUCAUCCAAGGCUUAUGGUGCCGCCAUGCAGGCCACCAUGCAGACUGCCUACCCCAGACGUGGCAGGACAGCCCUAACCCUGGGUGUCGAGACGGACGGAGGAUUCAUGACGCCCCUGAUCAUACGGGACACCAUCAUCCCCACCAAACAGACUCAGACCUUCAGCAUCUACAACAACAACCAGCCCGGGGUCCUGAUCCAGGUCUUUGAAGGAGAGAGAGCCAUGACCAAGGACAACAACCUGCUGGGCAAGUUCGAGCUGUCGGGAAUCCCGCCCGCUCCGAGAGGGGUACCUCAGAUCGAGGUGACCUUCGACAUCGACGCAGACGGCAUUCUGAACGUGUCUGCUGUGGACAAGAGCACGGGCAAACAGAACCGGAUCACCAUCACCAACGACAAGGGCCGCCUGAGCAAGGAAGACAUCGAGAGGAUGGUUCAGGAAGCAGACCAACACAAAGUAGAAGACGAGCAACAGAGGGAGAACAUAGCGGCCAAGAACGCCCUGGAGUCCUACGCCUUCAACAUGAAGAGCAGCCUGCGGGAGGACAACCUGAAGGACAGAGUGAGUGAGGAGGAGAGGGAGAAGGUGGAGGAGAAGUGUGAGCAGGCCAUCCUCUGGCUGGAGAACAACCAGCUAGCGGAGAAAGAGGAGUACCAACACCAGCUGAAGGAGUUGAAGGAGGUGUGUAUACCCAUCAUCCCCAUGAAGAUAAACUUUGCACUUUUGAAUAUUCGAUCCCUCUCUGGUGAUAAAUUCGCUAAUUCGAAAGGUUUGAUUUCUGAAAGAAAUAUUAGCUUUGUGUUUUUAACUGAAACCUGGCUUGAUGACGAUACUGCUGACAAUAACUUGAGAGAGUCUUGUCCAAAUGGUUUCAUCUUUCAACACGUCAAUAGACCGGGAAAGGGGGGUGGGGUAGCUGUUAUUUAUUCCGAGAGAUAUUCAGAAUCGGAGCCACGCCAAUUUGGAGUUUUUACAUCGUUUGAAUACUUAGCAUUUAUGAUCAGACAGCCUGAAGACCUACUUACUGUGAUUGUCUAUCGGCGGAGCGGAGGUUUACAAGAUCCCUUUUAUCCUCAGUUUGGAGAAUUGUUGUCCUCCAUGUGUCCCAAACAUGAUAAAAUAAUUAUAGUUGGGGAUUUUAAUUUCCGUGUCCAAACAAAACUUUUCCAGAAGCUUUUUAACGAUCAAAAUUUUAUUCAGCAUGUGAAAGAUCCCACCCACGAAAAAGGAGGUGUACUGGAUUUAGUUUAUUCUAGGGGUAUUGAUGUAGAAAUUACAUCCAAUCAACCCUCCCCUCUCUCUGAUCAUCAUUGCAUCCAUUUUACCACCAAUCCAAAUACCCUCCCUCCAAUCACCACCGGUUUAGUAGAUGACUUUGCUGGCUAUUCCAAGACUUAAGUUUGUAAAAGGAUU